AAUCGGCAAUUUCAACGAACAUGUUUCAAAUAAAAAGUGGUAGUGCCACGCACUCUCGCCAGUUGGAAUUGAGAUUUCGGAGCACAAACACCAAAAGUUGACAAACUACCGCUAGUUUGUAGUACGAAUGUGCAACACUCGACCAAAACUCAUACUUAAACAGCUAUAUUAUUGUUAAUGUUCUUAUACAAAGGAACUUUUCCACCCCGUUGUUGAUUUUGCUCGAAUAAAUUACGGUCGAAUAAAUUACGUCUUUAAUAACGUAUAAAAAUUUAAAAGUCUCUUAACUCAGGUGGCAAAUGAAAACAUACAUACUAUAUGUAUCAGUGUAAUUGUCUGGAUGUAUUUAAAUGAAAUAAAUUAGUGGCAAUGAAGUUAGAAGGAAUUAUGGCGCCUGAUUUCACCAUCGUAUUGAGGCAAUAGAAAGUGAAAGUAUUUGAGACCUCUUAGAAAUCGAUUAAAUAUAUAUACAUAUGUAUAUGUACAUAUAUGUGUACAUACAUAUUAAAUAAUGCUAAUCUAAAUAUUUUCACAUAAUUAGCAAAUUAAACAUAACUUAUUUGAAAAAAUUGAAGAAGUAUGGUUACACGAGCAUCCAGUGUGCCCCAUUUGAAUAGCAGUGGCGGAAGCAGCAAUGAAAGCGCCACCGGUAGCGCGUCCGGAUCUAGAGGUCGUCGAAGUCGCCUGCCCAAUUCGCGUACACGACAUGUGGGUAAAAGUGUCACGCCCAUUCAGACACGCAGUACACCAGGCAGCAUGCCGCGUUCUCGAAGCCUCACCCACGGAAUGCAAAGAGUCACUCCUCAAAAGUCCUCAAAUAGUUCGGGUGGUGUGCGCUCGAGAAACACUCCAGUCUUUUUACGUUCCAGGGAGAACGAAAUUGGUAGUGCGGACACUUUGGAAAUAGUGGCAUCGAAAUCCACUGGCAGUGAACCCUCAACACCGGAGGACAACAUCAAUGUUGUGGUGAGGGUGCGACCGCUUAAUGAGAAGGAAAAACGUGAUAGAUAUGGCAUGAUUCUUCAGUUCCCUGGAAAUGGACAAAUUAUUAUCGAAAGCAGUGAGAGAAACAACAAGAAAUCACGAAAUCAAGAGAAUGUUCAUGUAUUUACUUAUAACGUUGUAUUUGAACCCGGAGCGACUCAGGAGGAUAUUUUGGAUUAUUCAGGCAUCAAACGCAUCAUUGACAUGGCAAUCGAAGGUUUUAGCUGUACUGCGUUUUGUUAUGGACAAACUGGAUCGGGAAAAACUCAUACGUUGACUGGUCCACCUGACUUGUUUCACGGCAAGCCGAAUCUAAAGGAUCCCCGACAUGGUCUUAUCUUCCGGUCGUUUUUAUACCUCUUCCAGUUGAUUAAAAAUCGAAAGGACGUAAAUUAUGUAUUGAAAGCAUCUUUUCUUGAAAUCUACAAUGAACGAGUGAUUGAUUUAUUGAAUCCAGGAUCAGCGAGAAAGCCACUGGCAGUUCGUUGGUCAAAAAAAUCGCGAGGAUUUUUUGUAGAGAACCUUUUCACUGUUGAUUGCGAAGAGUUAGAUGACCUGUUAGCAGUUCUGGAAGAAGGGAUGAGAAACCGCGCUGUUGGAUCCCAUGCCAUGAAUGAUCACUCGUCCCGAUCGCAUACCAUGCUCACUGUGCAUAUUAUUUCAGAGCAACAAACCGACGGUGGAGUUUUUAUUUCAAAGCAUGGAAAAAUCAACUUUGUAGAUCUGGCUGGCAGCGAACUCACCAAGAAAACGCUUAGUGAAGGCAAGACUCUGGAAGAAGCUAAUAAUAUAAACAAAAGUUUGAUGGUUUUGGGUUAUUGCAUUGCAUCACUGAGCGACGGCAAAAAAAGAUUUGGUCAUAUUCCCUACCGGGAUAGCCAACUAACUAAAUUACUCGCUGACAGUUUAGCUGGAAAUGGCGUUACGCUCAUGAUCGCUUGUGUAUCUCCAGCGCAAUAUAAUCACGCCGAGACCUUGAACACCUUACGUUACGCGUCAAGAGCCAAACGUAUUCGUACAAAACCUGUCAUUAUGAUGGAUCCACGUGAGGCACUCAUUCUUAGCCUAAAACGUGAUAUAAACGCUUUAGUAAUGGAAAAUGAUCACCUCAAAUCCGCACUCAACCUGCACCAUGAAUCACUCAAGACUCCGAAUGAAAAACACCAGAAUGGAGAAUUAUUGGAAAUGCAUCUUGAGCGAGUUGCCACCGGUGGCAUGGCAGUACCAAAAGUUGAUUUGGAACGAUUAGCAGAGCUGGAUGGCAAUGAACUAGCCGAACUAGUGAAGUUAUAUAUGCAAGAGAACGAAGCAUUACGACAGGAAAACAAUCAUCUAUUUACAGUACGCGAAACCAUACUCAGGGACCAAGAAAUCGUAUGUCGCGAGAAUGAACGAUUGUUAAAAAAGCUUGAGGAUGUUAAUAAGGUUUGUGUGCGCUCACCUCUAAUACCCGCGCGUUCCGCAAUAACGGCCGACUCUGGGAAUGGCACAGCAAGAUCCGAGAUUUGGACAAAUCCUCACGAUGAACCUAUCCACCAGCGCCCUACGGAAAUGGAAGGCAGGAUAUCGGAGAAUAAAGAUAAGCGCUCUGAUGAGGAUCAACGUAUAAUCGAUCAACAACGCAUUGCAAAAAAUAUUAUGUUAAUGGCCAGUUCAUUUCCGAAAAAGCCUGAUGAGAUAAAAAAAGAAGGAUACCAAACUGAACAAUGGAAAAUGUUACAAAACGACACACCGACAACACCCCAACCAGAUUAUAUGCCAGACAUGCUUAUGUGAACAAAUGCACAUGACAGUUCAUGCCGAUAUACUAUAUACAUAUGUAUGUAUGUGAUACAAAGAUUUGAUGAACAAAACAUCGUCUAUUAUGUACAAAAUGAAAAUACCUGAAAAUACUUAAAAGCUAAAUAUAUACUUACAUAUAUUAAUGUAUGUACAUAUAUAUACAUAUAUGUAUAUCUAUCUAUAUUACAACGUGCGUUCCAAAGUAAGUAGGUCUUUUUGAAUCUAGUGCCCCUUGGUGCGCCAUCUAUAUGUCGACUGGUGCGUUAGAAUCUGCUAUCUUUAUCGAUUGUCCAGUGAGAAUUUCAUGACAUUUCAUUGAUUGGAAAUGAGGUUAUUGCGUUUUAAAUGUCAGUAUGUUUGUGUUAUCGGUGCGAAAUUGAGCUUCGAACUAAGAGCCAACAUUAUUUUUUUUUUUUAAUUGGUAAAACUUUUACCUAAACGUUUCAAUUGAUGAAACAAGUUUAUAGCGAUAAUUGCCCAUCCCGUAGCAGAGUGCACGAGUGGUUUCAACGUUUUCAAAGUGGUCACAUGUUGGCCAAUCAAAAUCCGUAAUCACCGAAAAUUCUAUCGAAACUGUGCAUGAAUUCAUCAAAAAUUAGCCGAAAUCGUCAUUGAAAUUCAUGGAAAUGAAAUUGAACAUCUCCAAACAUCGAUUUAUCGCAUUUUGACCGAACAUUUGGGCUUACGAAAGGUGUGUGCACGGUUUGUUCCGCACAAAUUGGCUGACGACCAAAAAUUGCUCAGAAUCCAACAUUCGAAGGACGAUUAUUUGACCAAAAAUCACAUUUUUACCAUUAACUACUCCCCGUAUUCACCUGACAUGGAACUGUGCGACUUCUUCCUUUCGGAAAAAUGCAUUUGCCCAAAUUAAGAAUAAUCCUCAGUUAUUAUAUAGAAAUAUAUUUCCCUUGGAUUCCUCAUAGGUUUCUUUAUUUAAAUAUAUGUAUAUAUUGUAUGUUUACACAUUGGACAAUAUAUUACUAGCUAUGCCUAUGAUUAUAUUUAAACUGAGAACAAGUGUUUUAUGCGCGUCACUCUUUUAUAUCAGUGCAGUCAACUCGUGUCGGCAUCUGAUUGGCUAAUUCCGGUGGCAUCAAGAAUGAUAGAAUAUAAGAUUACGACACUAGUUUACCGUUAGUUUUUUUCGGUUUAGCUUUUGACAGUUCUUACAAAAACAAAUACAUUGUGCAACAAUUUCGUGACGUCACACUUUUGCGUUGAGAAGAACAAGCAUAGAAAUGCAUACAAAUUGUAAACAGAAAAGUAAACACUUUUGGAAAUUCCCAAAAUAAUAUUAAUUCAUUCGUCUUUGCAGGAAAAAUUUCAGUGGAAUGUUUAGAAUAUUGUUGCGAGAAAAGAUAUAUGUAAGUAGUUUUAGGCACAUCCACAAUAAAUAGAGUAGCAUGUGUGGAAAUUGUUCAAAUGAAGAAAACCAGUGAAAGUGUAAUUUCUAAGCAUAAAUAUAUUAAUUUUUUAAAAUGAAAUGUGCAGUGGCUUGUUGUAAUAAUUAUUAUGCAAUUAAAGGAUCGAAAACGAGUUUUUUCAGUUUUUCGGCCGAUUUAAAAGUUGCCAAAAAAAUGGGUGUUAUUUUGCAAAAGAAAUGAUAUAUUUAAUACUAAAUCCUUUUUAAUUAAUUAAUUUCACAAUUCUUUUAUCAUAAUUUCAUACAUCUGAUACAUCUGAACUUAUAAUAUAUGUAUAUAUUUAUAUACAACACAAGAAACGUCUUCUCCAUUUGAAUCACAACUUAAUAGACAAUUUUAUUAUCAAUAGGCCGAUAUAUUUCUUUAGAAAUGAUUCACAUCUUUUCACUUAACAAUAUUCAAUCGCUUCACUAAAACUUUUCAUUAAAAUCGAAAGAAUUAAUAAUAUUUUGCGAAUUUACAAAAGUGUUCACUUUUCUGUUUACAAUUUGCAAGCCAUUUGAUAGUCUUUCACUCUUGUUCUUCUCAACACGCAACUAUGACGUUUCAUAAUGGCGGUUGUCGUAAUCUUGUAUUCUAUCAUUCUUGGGUGGCGUGGCAUCUUGGAUAAUGUCAUGCUUGUUGCUGUUGGUCACGUGGUGGCUGUACAUUCUUGUGCGAUAAUGCCCCUCCAUGUGUCUGUGUGUUGAUCACGUUGCACAUGCGUGGUGUGGUAUUUGGCUUGUUGUUAUUGGUCACGUGGUGGCUGUACAUUCUUGUAUAAUGAUGCCCCUCCAUGUGUUUGUGUGCUUUGUUCACGUGGUCUACUGUUGCUAUGUUGUAUAUAUGUGUAGUGGUUAGAGAUGAGCGAUAUUGCGAUUUUUAAAUCACUGUGAUUUCAGUGAUUGCUAUUUUUAAAUCACUGUGAUUUUAUAUUGCUAUUGCGAUCGCAACUAAGUCGACGUUCAAACGUCGUUGUUGUUGUUGUAGCGGCAGAUUCUGCCAAUUUGACACUGUUUGGCCGAAUAAAAGUCCGGGUCUGUUCCACUUACCACUUACGUAGGUUUUCCGCCUUUUCUUUCACUACAUUUUCGCAAAUAUUGGAGCGGUUCGGCUACCUGACACUUAGAGCGUAUUGCAUAGUUCAUUUGUAUGUUGGUAUGAUGGUUUCACACAUUUCUUAGAAGGAAUUACCAUUAGUGUGGUUGAUAAUUUGUUUGUUUAGAAUACCCGCUUUUAAUAUUUUCAAGACCAAAUAAUUAACGCGAGUUUCCUAAUCUUUGGGAAAAUAUUAAAAACCCGUAAUUUUUUUAUUCCAUCAUUUUUUCUGAAAUUAAUUAGUUACAAUUCUUGUUUUCAUCACAAAAUGCUUUAUAUAAGAACGUUACACUCAAAACUUCAAACCGCUAUGACGAAAAAUAGCAUAUACGAUAUAUACAAUACCCUGAAGAAAGUUGUUACUUUUCUGCUAUUUGCUAUUGUGAUCGUAAUUCACAGGUUCGAACUGCGAUCACAGUUUCGAACUGCGAUCGCAAUCACUGGUUCGAAUUGCGAUCACAAUUCACUGGUUCGAACUGCGAUCACAGUUUCGAACUGCGAUCGCAAUCACUGGUUCGAACUGCGAUCACAGUUUCGAACUGCGAUCGCAAUCGCAGUUCAUAGAAGCGAACUGCUAUUUAUAAAAAGUGAUCGCAGUUGCGAUUUGCGAUUUUUCAAUCACAGUGAAAAAAUCACCGGUAGUGAAAUAUCGCUCAUCACUAGUAGUGGUAGGUAAUAUGAGUCAUACGUGUAUGGCUGGGUGUUAACUCCCAUGAAAGGAAAGCGUUAUGCAGACGUAGAGGCCAUUCAAAAGGCUUGCACCGGCAUACUGGCGGGCAUACCGGCCAACGAGCUAAAAUAUUCGUUCGACAUGCUUUUGGACCGUGCAAAAAAGUUGAAGCAGAAGGAGACUAUUUUUAAUAAAAUAAUUUUUUUUAGAUUUUGUUCUGUUUGCUUUGGAACGCUCCUUGUAUAUUUAAGAUGGAAACAAUCUGAUAUUUGUAUGUAUUAUCGGUAAAUUCACAUAUAAUACACAUACGAAAUACUAGUUUUAGGCUUAUAAUUUCAUAAUUUGUUUCAUCUGUAACUGUACAAAUAUAUUUGUUUCCUGCAUUCGCUUUACAUGGAGAACUGACUA